CGGGCCUCUUCGCCUUCCUCCCCCAUGAAGUACGUCGCCCUCCUCAGCGGCGGCAAGGACAGCUGCUACAACCUCCUCCACUGCGCCGCCAACGGCCACCAGCUCGUCGCAGCUGCCUCACUAGGCCCCGAGCAUGGCAAAGAGGAGCUUGACUCCUACAUGUAUCAGACUGUCGGGCAAGAUGCCAUUCAGAUUGUUGCCGAUGCGCUGGAAGUCCCGUUAUAUAGGAGGGUCAUAUCUGGAGCAGCUGUCGAACAAGGAAAUGAAUACGGUGCCCGAAGCCCUGCGAGUGGUCAUGGUGUGCUUGGGGACGAGACGGAAGACUUAUACGCUCUCCUGUCCACCGUAAAAGUGUCUCAUCCUGAUGUCGAGGGUGUGUCGGUAGGGGCGAUCAUUUCGAACUACCAGCGAAUUCGAGUCGAACAUGUGUGCCGACGUCUGUCGCUGACUCCGCUCUGCUACCUCUGGCAACGUGAUCAGGCAGAGCUACUCUCGGAGAUGAUUGAGGCCGGCAUGGAGGCCGUCCUCAUCAAAGUUGCAGGCAUUGGUUUGAAGGCUUCGCAUCUCGGGAAAACUCUCGCUGAAAUGCAGCCAACUCUGACAAAGCUGAACGAAUCAUAUGGGUCGCACAUAUGCGGCGAAGGUGGUGAAUACGAGACACUCACGCUGGAUUGUCCGUUGUUCAGGCGCAAAAUUAGACUUAUAGAAGUGGAGACCGUCAUACACUCGGACAAUGACUUCGCCACGGUCGCCUAUCUUCGGGUCAAGAACGCUGUCCUCGAGCCGAAGCCUGAGGAACUCCAUAUCGGCCCUGCAAUCCCUCCCCUACUGAGCGAAGUGUUCGCGGAGGUUCAGAAUGCCGUCGUCCGUGCCGUCGAUCGACCGAGCUAUCCUCCUGAUCCAUCGGGAAUGGAAUUGGUUGACGAUUCCUCCUUGCAUCCCCCGGGGACUAGUGUCAGUAAGGUCGGUCGUUGGGUAGCAGUCGCGAACAUCACAGCUAGUGAUAGCGAUGGUGUGCUCUCCACCGAGGAUGAGGUACGAAAUUGCUUCGAGCAGCUGCAAGAUCAUUUGGCGACACACUCUCUGAGUCUCUCCAACUGCGCCAACAUCAAUAUAUUCAUCUCAUCCAUGGACCUUUUUGCCCGUGUCAAUGCCAUCUACACAACCUUCUUCGGGAGCAGCCCACCAGCUCGUGCAUGCGUCGCCGUCGACCUCCCUGCACCGAUCAGAGUCAAACUCGACGCCAUCGCGUUCGUCGAGCAGAGUCCGAGCGAACGUCAAGCAAUGCAUGUCCAGGGUUUGAGCUACUGGGCACCGGCGAACAUCGGGCCGUAUUCUCAGGCGAUUGUGGCAGGCGAACGAAUAUUUAUAUCAGGGCAGAUAGGACUCAUACCGAGCAGCCUCAGCCUUCCGUCACCACCUUCAUUAGCUCUGGAAACGGCACUAUCGUUUCAGCAUGUGCAGCGCGUAACGAACGCUCUGCAAAACAACACAGGCGGUGGAUGGGAUGCUCAUCACCAGGGUGUCCUAUACUGGCUUGCUAAUGCAAGCGAUGUCCAGCGCGUUCGGGCAGCCUCGAAGAUAUAUCCUCCGGAUGCGGUGACGCCGCUUUUGUACCUCGUCGUGCCCACCUUGCCGAAAGGAGCCCUAGUAGAAAAACAGGUAAUAUUGCACACGGGAAGAUGUCUAGUCCUAGAUGAAGAUGAUGAGGUGGUCCAACAAAACGUCAAGCCUUCCUACAGUCAAGGGGCGUACGAAGGCACCGGUGGAACGCGAUGUCAUUGGGAGAUGUCGAGCUUCCAGGAGACCCACGCCUCUCUGGCCGUAGUAUGUUUCCGCCACGCAAACGCAGGAGUGAUCGCAUGGCUACAUACAGUACAGGCGUUACGCGCGCUAGGCCCGCACGCCCUGUCAGUCAGAUUGUUCUACAGACCUUCCGAGACAUCUUACAUGCGCGAAUGCCACGAACAGCUCUUCGCAGGGCUCAGCAACCCACCUCCAACAACCUUCAUACCGACUAGGUACAUCUCGAGCAGGGACGACGACUACUGGGAUUACGCUAUGUUCAUUGUAGGAUCCUAA